AUGGCGGCUUUGUGCAGUGAGUUCGGGGACCUAGCAGAAAUUAAAAAACAGCUCAUUUCUGUGAUUUAUUUGUGUAAAGAGAGAGGACUUCAACACACUGCGAAAUGGGCAUCUGAGCUCGCCUUUGCUUUGGAUCCACUCCCUAAAGACGAGGUGCCUCCUGCUCCAGAGUUCACAGAGGAAGAUGCCAAGGAUCUGGAUGCACUGACUCUGGCUAAAUCUUACUUUGACCUGAAAGAAUAUGAUCGUGCUGCUUAUUUUCUAAAAGACUGCUGCAGCAAGAAGGCUUAUUUCCUCUACAUGUAUUCCCGUUACCUGUCUGGUGAAAAGAAGAAGGAUGACGAGACUGUCGACAGCCUUGGUCCCCUGGAAAAGGGUCAGGUGCGGAAUGAAGCCCUGCGUGAACUUCGAGUCGAACUUAGCAAGAAGCACACAGCUUCUGAACUUGAUGGCUUUACAUUGUAUUUGUAUGGCGUGGUGCUGAGGAAGCUGGAUUUGCUGAAGGAAGCUGUCGAAGUGUUCGUAGAGGCCAUUCACGCACUUCCUCUGCAUUGGGGAGCAUGGCUGGAGCUCAGUAACUUGGUCACUAGCACUGAAAUGUUAAAGUCACUGUCUCUGCCUGAUAGCUGGAUCAGAGAGUUCUUCAUGGCGCACAUGUACACUGAGCUGCAGAUGAUCAAAGAGGCGCUGCAGAAGUAUCAGAGUCUAAUCGAGGCUGGUUUCUCUAAAAGCACUUACAUCAUCUCGCAGAUUGCUGUCGCCUACCACAACAUUAGAGAUAUUGACCAAGCCUUGUCUCUGUUUUAUGAGUUAAGAACUCAGGAUCCUUUCCGUAUUGACAACAUGGAUACUUUUUCUAAUCUGCUUUAUGUUAAAGGAAUGAAGCCAGAGUUGAGCUUCCUUGCACACAACUUGGUGGAGAUUGACAAAUACAGAGUAGAAACAUGUUGUGUCAUAGGAAACUACUACAGUUUGCGUUCUCAGCAUGAAAAGGCAGCCUUGUAUUUUCAAAGAGCUCUGAAACUCAAUCCUCGAUGUCUUGGUGCCUGGACUCUGAUGGGACAUGAGUAUAUGGAAAUGAAGAACACAUCUGCUGCCAUUCAGGCCUACAGGCAUGCUAUUGAAGUGAACAAGAGAGACUACAGAGCUUGGUAUGGAUUAGGCCAGACCUAUGAAAUCCUGAAAAUGCCCUUUUAUUGUUUAUACUAUUACCGAAAGGCUCAUCAACUUAGACCAAAUGAUUCACGGAUGUUAGUCGCUCUUGGAGAAAGCUAUGAAAGACUGUCCCAGCAAGUAGAAGCUAAAAAGUGUUACUGGAGAGCAUAUUCGGUGGGAGAUGUUGAGAAAAUGGCCUUACUUAAACUGGCAAAGCUUCACGAACAGUUGAAUGAGUCGGACGAUGCUGCACAGUGUUACAUGCUUUACAUCCAGGACAUAUUCUCCUGUGGAGAACAAUUGGAGCAUGCAGAGGUGAGCACAGCCCUCCGGUACCUGGGUCAGUAUUAUUUCAAGAAUAAAUUGUAUGAUGAGGCGUCCCUGUGUGCUCAGCGCUGCUGCGACUACAAUGAUGCUCGAGAAGAAGGAAAAGCUUUGCUGCGACAGAUCUCACAGGUCAGAGAUCAGAUAGAAACACCGUCUGCAGAUUUAUUUGUUCCGCUAUCGAAUAACACGCCUGUGAGGAGGGUGUCGCCUCUUAACCUCAUUUCCUUCACCCCCUGA